UAUUCUCCAGCGAGGACAAACCUCAACAGGCUGCACUGACGUGGAACAACUGGCAACAAAUUUAAAACAAAACAAUCAAUUUUCAAAGAACCGUCCCUUAAAAGGUGCAUAAUUGGGUUUCAAUUUUCCAUGAUGGAUGUAAAGGGCGCAAUGGCUCUAAAUGAGGUUAUGAGGAUCCCAAGAAGGAUAUGGGAGCAUUUCCACUAAGAUGUGCUGCAUCUGCACUGCACGCUGGGCUGAUUGGAAAUUUCAGUGGAAGUAUUAGUGGAGGACAGACGCUUCCUGUAACCGCGUAUAUCGCACAGAUAAAUGGAGUAACGGAAAGGAGGAGAGGGAGGGGGGCCUCAGUAAACUUGACACACUGGUCAAUGGAUGGUCGGACAACUCGUGUUAACUCUCCUCUUCAGGUAAUGCUUCCUAUAAUUACCACAUAAUCUGGUGGAGUAGUCCACAGGGGACAGUUCCCCCGCCGUCGGGGAGAUAGAAUAAAAAGCGACUGGACGCACAAGAGAGGGCAAACUUGGAACUUGGAGCGCCACACCGGACGAUAUCGGCUUCUUCUUUUUGCGCACUCUUUCUUUGCGCUCCGAAUGCCGGCGUUUGGAGGUUGAUCACCGACCCUCAGCGAUCACUCCUAUGACUUCAGUAGCUUUAAUCCUUCACAUAUAGGAACCGAGUGUUUUUUUUUUUUGUUUGUUUGUUUUGUUUUAAAGAGAACACUUUUCGGAACAGGACGUGAAGUUGCGCACAUGAGCAUCGUUUUUGGCAGGACGCACCGGACGCAUUCAUAAAAUAAGGGAACUUUGAAAAGGUGUCCGAAGAGAAUAAAAGUUCACUUUCCUCCUUACAUCCACCUUCCACUUUCCUCACUACACUGGAGCUAUGAGCGCACCGCGCAAACCCGUUAUUGUGGGACUGCUGUUACUGAUGUGCACUCUGACCGAGCACUGCGGCGAGAGCGCGCCCACCGCCGCGGCCGGCGGAGACGCGCGGCGGAGCUUGAGGCGGAUGGUGGAGAUCAUGAAGCACGUGGAGGAGAGCCGGGGGCGACACGCCGCGAGAACGGAAGCCCCGCUGACGCCGCGGGCGGUGGGCAGCGCGUCGGGAGAACAGAGGGAAUCCCGCGGCAAAGCGGACAAAGGGAACCAGGCUCUGGCUUUAUCACCCACAGAUUUUAAAAUGAAAGAGAGAAUAAUUAGAUAUUUCACAGGUCCACUCGUGUUCAGCUCCAAGUGCAGGAAGAACGCGUACAGGCUUUACCACCACACCAGAGACUGCACGUUACCUGCAUACUUCAAAAGAUGUGCGCGACUUCUCACACGGCUCGCAGGCAGCCCACAGUGCACAGAGGGGUAGCAGACACACUCAUAAGGUUGAAGUCAAUCACGAGGACUUCAGAAGAAAAGAGACAAACAAAAAAAAAUACUUUGGUUAAAAAGUGCCUUGGACGUUGAGAGGGAAGCCUGAAUCUGACCAGCCUGGCCGACUUUAGGCGCAGCGUUUUGCUUCACUCGCGUCCCUUCUGCUGAGGUGAAAAUUGCUGCCAAUCACCACUUUGGCUGGGCCUCGACGGUUAGCUGUCCUCACGCGGGAGCAACGAGGCAAGAAAAACCCAGACCAGGAUAAAGACUGUGAAGACUGGAGAGGAGAAACUACCGAAGAUAAGCGAAGUGGGGGAGUUUUUUUCUCCCAGCGCUGGAAUUCAAAAGGAUGUCGCUUACACAAAACAAAGAAUUACUUUCUUUUUGAGCGAUUUUUGCCCUUUUUUAUUGUCAUAGGUUGACUUCGGCCCUUCUGCUGCACUAUCUCGAUCUAAAACAGAAGCUCUCACCGAACCCCAGCUGGUGACACCAUAGUGUCACCCACUUGUGCUCAGAGUGAACUGUCAUUAAAUUAUUACGUGAACGUUGUUCCUGCAAAAACAAAAACCCAAGUGGUGGCUGUGAGCCUAAGCCAACCUGUGGACAGACUAUCCCUUGGUACAGCGUGGUAAAGCCUAUGUUUAUGUAUUACAGCCGUGAAAAAGGCUUAAUGGUACAUAAAGCAUAGGUCACAAUCGGUUCAGCCUGGAGUGUAAUGUACAUACGGUAAACAAAACCAUAGGAAGAAUUAAAAGUGUAAAAGUGUACAUCUAUAUAUAUAUAUAUAUAUAUAUUUAAAAGUGAGAUAUAUUUAAAUAAAUUAUGAGAUUGGUACAAAAAUGACUCGUCUUUGCUGUGCUGUAUUUUCUCUUGCGUCCCAUCUUAAAAUGAGGAAUGCUGCCUGAUCUAGCGCAUGACUGGACUGAGCCCUGGGACAGCUGAUCCGCUGAAAUUCCCACUGCUGCUUCAGACGGAGAUCCUAAAAAAAGUUCAAACCAGAGAGAGACCAGGGAGUUUCUUUUUUUUUUUUUUUUUUACGUUUGAAAUAGCAUUGCAAAAUCACUUUUAUGUGAUCCCUGCCCAGAUUGUGAGUGAGCAUAUUUCUCCAUGUUUUAUUGCACUGACACUUAAAAAGAACAAAGCUCUCUAAGGGGCUGCUAAGUCACACAACUGCUUCACUUUAUAUGAGGUGCCUUGCAAAGCCAAACACUUCAAUAAUUUUGUCGGGAUCUCAUGUGACAGACCAACACAAAGUGUUACACAAUUAACAUGUGUAAGGAAAA